AGUUGCGUCACGGCAGCCGCACCGCCAGCGCCGCCGCGGCUACCGAGUUAACUGGCUGUCCUUCGUACGCGACUGUACCCGGCCACCUGCUGCACAGUUUCAGUACCGCAACGCAGCGAUCGUGUGGGACGUGACAGUGUAAAUCAUCACUCUGCUGUCACGCUACGCGAUUUUUCCAGUGUUGACUGUUGUAGUCGAAGUGUUUGUGUUAAACAAUAGCACAUUACAGGCUGUUGUCGGUUAUCCAUUCUGAGAUGAAGCGAGUCUCAGUGGGUAAUGUGUGACAGCGGAGACCUUAAGUGUUACUUUGCUGCAGUUCGUCCAUUUGAAAGUGAACUAGUGCUGCUACACACUCUUGCCGGCAGCAGCACAAGAGGCAGUUGAGCAGCCUGUGUUCACAGGCCGUGAAGAAACACGAGACGUCAGUGGAGUUAAGGAAACGCGCAUCCCUCCCCUACCUGCUGUUGGCAGCAGUGUAGUGCACGGGCGGUCUCCAGAGCGACGCUCGCAGAAAGGGAAGCUCGCCCGCUGGGAGAUAUCUGGACUUGGCGCGCGUCCCGCUGGGGUAAGCCGCCGACGCGUGACGCGGCUGCCGAUCGCUGCGUGUCCAGCUACACGUGCCGCUCGCCCGCUUCAGAACGGACCGGUGCCACAUGCGCUUGUCCUUAUCGACUGCUGCGGGUUAACGUAGCCAACGAUGUCUCCGUAAUACAGAACGAUGGAAUUAUUUGUGCUUACAGUGAAAGUGCUAGAUAUAACGUAGAUCGACUCUACAGUGGGUGCAGUGGAAGUCGAUAGUGCCCGGAAUGAACUCUGCUUGGCAGAGGCCAUGGUGAAAGUGACGGUUAUCGAGGUGAAGCCGUGCAGCCCGGAGGAGUCGCCGCCGUGUGCAGAGGCGGAAGGCGGGCGUGCCCUGGCGCGCCGGCACUCGCGGCGCCUGGCGUCGACGCGAGGACUCUCGUCCAACAGCGACUACCUCAGCAAGCGGCGCCAGCACGGCGCCCAGCCCGAAGACAGCGUCCGCCACAAGAUACACUUCUUCGAGCAGGAGGCGCGUGCCGGUCGCCCGUGCGUAGACAGUGAGGAGGAGUCUGGCAGCGGGACGCCCCAGGCAGUCGCCGACAGCACCCGCCCUGCGACCGACGCUCCCCGCGACCGCCGGCAGCAGAAGCAGCAGCAGCAGCCAGAGGCCGGUCCCCGGGGCAGCGCGACCGUCGAUGUGCACGUCGAUGUUCGGGUUUGCUCCACCGACGCCCGCCGGGUGUCGCCGGACGGCACGGAGAGCUGUCGGGAGCAGGACGAGCCUCCGCCGCCACCCAACAGCAGCCAGCCAGUCAGCGGAACAGACGCCGAAGAGCGGCGGCAGCGAGGCCGGCAGCGAUCCGGCGUGUCGGUGGGCGACGGCUGCGGCUGGGUGCGCGUCUUCGUGGGCGACGACGACCGCGGCUCGCUCGUCUACCUGUCGCUCACCACCACGGCCGCUGACGUCGCGCAGGAGCUCAGCCUCGACGACGAUCACACCAUCUGGCUGCAGUACGGCGGCGGCCCGCCGCGUCGGCUGCUGUCGGAGGAGUGCCCGCUGGGCGAGCAGGAGCGCGUGCUGCGGCGGCUGGGCUGGUCGGACGGUGGGCGCCGCGCGCGCCUCGGCAUCGACCCCUGGCUGCAGCACGCGCUGCGCUUCCGCACGGGGCCCGCCGCCUCGCCGUGCGCCGCCGGGCUGGCGCGCGCCGGCCCGCUGCUCGUGCUCAAGGGGCUCGUCUUCCCGCAGUGGCGCCGCAGACACGUCGCCGUACUCCCCGGCCGUCUCCUCAUCUUCCCCGCGACGGACGACGGCACUCCGGAGCAGGUGGUGCUAUCUGGAGGCUCGGUGAGUGAACGACCGCUCAAGGCUGGCCGGCUGGUUCUCCGCGUGGAAGUGCCGCAGCUCGCGGCAGCUCCCGAGAGCGCCGCCUCCAGCACCGCCACUAUGAGGCACAUCUUCCUCGGUUUCGACACGCACGCCGACAGAGACCUCUGGCGGGAAUGGCUGGAACAGGCGACGGAGGAGGCGGCGCAGCCGUCGCGGCUGGACGUGAGCGGCGGCGCGCUGGAGUCGCUGCCGGCGGCGCUGCUGUGCGGCGCGUCGCUGCUGGAGCUGGACGCGUCGCGCAACCGGCUGCGCGACCUGGAGGCGCUGGCCGCCGCCCCCUGCUGCCGCGGGCUGCGCGCCCUGUCGCUGGCGCACAACGCGCUGGCCGCGCUGCCGCCGCCGCUGCUGCGCCUCCACCGGCUGGCACUGCUCGACCUCUCCUCCAACUGCCUGCGCGACCUGCCCGACGGCUUGCGGGACCUCCAGCAGCUUCAAGAGCUGCGACUCGACCGCAACCAGCUGGCGGCCCUGCCAGCCUGCCUGUCUCAACUGCCGCGCUUGCGCGCGCUCUGGGCGGCGCACAACCUUCUCUCCGCCCUGCCGCCCUGGCUCUCCACCAUGCGCGCGCUCUCCCUCCUGGACGUGCAGGGCAACCGCGUGGAGGGCGUGGGCCGGUCCAGCGGCGGAGACGCGCUCCAGCAGCAGCAGCAGCAGCAGCUGGGCCGCCUGGUGCUCAGGGAGAACCUGCUCAAGGGCCGCAUCGUGCUCGCCGACUACGGGAACUUGACACAACUGGAUGUAAGUGAAAAUAAUAUUGAGACACUUGACCUCAGUGCUCUUAGCAAACUGGAAAAUGUGCAGUGCUCUAGGAAUCAGUUGGUGGAAUUGACAGUGAAUGGAAAAUCACUUACCUCAUUGAUUGCAGGGAAUAAUGCAUUGCAUAAGCUGACAAUAAGUCCACCACCAGUUCACCUGAUGCACUUGGAUGUUUCAUAUAAUGAGAUGGAGAUGUUGCCAAAUUGGAUACCAGGCUGUAACAAGCUGCGGGCUCUGUUUGCAAGCCAUAACAAACUGCACUCGUUGCCUGAGCAUAUGUUCUGCAGUGACCUCACAAGUCUACAGACACUGCAGCUGAGUUACAAUCAACUGUCUUCACUGCCCAGUGUUAUUGGACAUCUCCAAUUGCAGGAGCUCUUUCUUCAGAGCAACAGCAUUGCUAUGCUGCCUUCAAAUUUCUUUAUGGCCUUAUCUAGACUGAGGGUAUUGAACAUAUCCAACAACAGGUUAUGUGAACUUCCGUCUGCUCUAAAGCUUUCUGACAAUCAAGUUUAUGAGAUGGAGAAACUUUAUCUCACUGCUAACUGCCUUACUGACAAUUCACUUGAAAUUAUAGCCAAGUUCAUAAAUUUAAGAAUACUUCAUGCAGCUUACAAUUGUCUGACCCGACUCCCUGAAAGCUGCAUAUCUGCAUGGAAAGACUUGGAAGAACUGAUUCUCUCAGGCAAUAAGUUGCAGUACCUGCCAGACAACAUAACUCAGCUAGAACAUUUAAGAGUUUUAAGAGUUCACUCUAACAGAUUAUAUACGAGCCCCUGCUUUGCAAAGAUGAGCUCAUUGAAGGUUUUGGAUUUGGCACACAAUCAACUUGACAGAAUAAAUCUAGCAACACUAGUCCCAAACCAGCUGCAGUUUUUGGAUCUCUCAUGUAAUUCCAGGCUUUACGUAGAUCCACGUCAGUUUCAAGUGUACAGGACUCAGCGGCCAAUGAGUCUUGUUGAUGUGUCUGGACACAACAGAACUAGUCUUCCCUCCACUCCCUAUAAUGAAGGGAAUGGAGAACUUGAUCCUCCAUGGAAAAUAGGUUUCUCUGAAGCAGCGGGGAGUCGAGAAAGACUUUACAUAAGCCAGAUUCGACUACCAGCAUUCUGCAAUACUGAGGGACUAUUUGGAAUGUUUGAUGGAGGAAAUACUAAUGAGUUACCAGUUAUUCUAACCAAAGCAGUGCCACGAAUAUUACUGGAGGAAAGAACCGUUAAAGAAACUGCAAAUGAAUAUAUGAAAUACACAAUGUUGUCUGCCCACCGUGAACUGAAAGAAAAGGGGCAGAAGAAUGGUGUUUGUGCUACACUCUGUCAUAUCACCAAAAUGAGGGGAAACUCUAAUCAAAGUGGAAAUGGAUUCAUACCAAGUAACACCCGGUAUGUCAUGAGAGUUGCUAGUGUUGGGGAGGCUAAAGCAGUGCUUUGUAGACAGUCUGAAGGAAUUGUACUUGCACAGAAAGAAAAAUCUAAAGCUACUGGCAAUCCAAAUAACACUAAACAGCGUAGUCAACUGGGCUGCAGUGCUAUGUAUCCAUUGGUAAUUCCUGAUCCAUGUAUUAGUGAAAUUGUACUGGAAGAGCAUGAUGAAUUUCUGAUCAUUGCUAACAAAGGUUUCUGGGAAGUUAUCAGUGUUUCUGAAGCAGUUGAAGAGGUGCGGCACGUCAGUAAUGCCAUCUUAGCUGCCAAAAAGCUCCAGGAUAUGGCUCAGAGCUAUGGAUGUGAUGAAAACAUAAGCAUAAUUGUUGUACGUUUCUAUAACCUUGGAUCUGACAUGGACCAUUUGAUGAGGGAACUCAGGCAUACUAUUGGUAAAACAAAGCAGCAGUUUUCAGUUGACAGUGACAAUGAUGUGCCAGUGCAUACUUCAUGUCAUAGAACACUAUGCAGGUCACAGGCAGCAGAUGCAGGUUGUUGCUGUUGUCAAAGUGUUCCAGACCAUUUCUAUGGAACUGAGUGUAACUUGCGGUAUGGAAAUAAUGUAAAUAAUGAAUGCACUGACUCUCAUAUUCUACCUGAAACAGACAGAUCUUCACCCAGUGGGCAAAGUGAUCAUGCUAACAGUGACUACGUUGGAAGAAAAGUGAGUGUUGCAGAGGGACGAGAUGCAGCACGCUACACGCAGCAGUGGAACAGUGGUGUUAAUCGAACUAUGCCAUUUUCGAAGGGAAAAUUUCAGAAUACUGUGCCACAUCAACAGUCUGUUUUGAUGCAUGAAAAUGGUACAAAGAAAAUUUCUGCAGUAGGUCCUACUAUAGAAAGGAGGAGCUAUAGGGACAGCAGAAGGAGUAAUAGUGGUGUUCUCAAAGCAAUCCGUGCCAAAGUUGACAUGUAUUCCAAUGGUCAUCUUGCAGAUGGUGAGGAAGAUGAGACAAGUUCUGAAAAAUCAGGCACACAACUUUCUGAAGAACAGUUCAAGUGCUGGGAAUACAUGCUUGAACAAAACACUCAACUACUUUUUGACAAAGAACUUGACACACUUUCUCGUGGUUUUGUUAGAAACUGUGGACUAAGGGCUGCCAGUUCAGCUACAUUGCUAGAUCCUUCCUGGCCACAGCAUGCAACAUCCUCAUUUUGCCAAGGUAAAGGUCUUUCUCACAGCAGUCCUCAUCUCUCUGAUAGUGCUGCUCCUUCUGGAUCUAUUGCUCCAUUCUUGUCUCGACAUUUUGGUAGUGCUAGGUCUUUUAACCCUAUCAGUAGGUCAAAUAGGUUUGGAUCGUGUAGACAAACAUUGAAUGGGGGACCAAAUGCCGCUUAUUUUGGCAGCUUACAGAGACUAAUGCCAUAUAAUCUAGAAUAUAACUUUGCUGUUAUCCAGGAACGAGGUGCAAAUCAGGACUCAUUGGAAACAGACAGCCGCAUGCAGAAGUACUGGGAUGUGGCAACUACUGAGUUGUAGCUGUAAAAGACUGAAUUAAAAAUUUCCUUAAGAUAAGUGUUACAUAUAUAAUGUAACAACAGGUAGGGUUUUGUAAAUAUUAGUAAUCUGUACAAAAAAUAAUUUUGUAAAAUAAUAACAUCAAAAUAAAUGCUUUCAUAGAAAUUUCUUGUGAUAUAAGCCUUUACUGACUAAGUGUAAAAUACAUUGAAAUUUCUGAUAAAUGUAUAUUAUCUUCAUCAUUACCCUCAGCCUAAGUCUUUGUUUUAUUUUUACUUUAUCAAAACCAUUAAGUGGCCACCUAUUACAUAUUUGUACAUUUUUACCUUUUUAAAGUUACUUAGCUGAUUUUUAGUUCCAUAGAUUAUAUCCGUAACAAGUAUUAAGAUUGUGGAAAAUAUUGGUUGUACAACAAUUACAUAUGUCUCCUAAAAGUUAACGUGUUUUAAUACUUAUUUACAAAUGUACAAAUACUUUUUAAUCAGUUUCUGUUAUUCAAGAAUUCGUAUUUGGUGUAGAUGAUCAUGCCAAGAAAGAGCUGAUAUUAUCUAUGAGUGGCAGUCAAAUGAAAACCGAAUACCUGCUGCAACGGGACCAUGGAAGGUCUACAUUCAAAACUAAUCACCACUCAUGUUAAGACAUUUAUCCCAAUGGGAGACAAGAUGAUCAAUUCGUAUUUCAUACAACACGGUCAGCUGCUGACAGAUCCACAACACACCCACCCCUGCACUUCCUCGUCCAACUGAAACUGACGUCCACACAUCUUUCUUCAGGUUACCAAAAAUGUGGAAAUCACAUGGUGGAAGAUCCAGGCUGUAUGGGUAAUGUUGCAGUGUUUCUCAAUACAACAUCAAGAGAAGUUUCUAAUCUUAGUAAAAUGAGUUCCUCAACCAGAUUGCUAAAGCAUAGCCUUUGUCCAAUUGGAAGCUUGGAGCAGGUGUUAUCAUGCAAUGGGAUGAUUCCAUCCAGCAACAUUCCGGUAGCCCUAGGGUAAAUGGCAAAGCCAACAUUUGAAAUCUCCCACCUCCCCCCCCCCCCCCCCCCCCCCCCCUCUGAAGAAAACCAAAUAUGUUCAUACAAAUUCCAGUAAGGUCAUGAUGACCUUCUUCUUUGACUGCAAGGAACCCCUGCUCAUCAAGUUCCUUGAACGUGGAACCACAAUCAAUGCACAGCUCUAUGAAGACACUUUACAGAAUCUGUGAAAUGCCAGAAAGUCCAAAUACCCAAGAGUACUGUUGGAUGGAAUCGUCCCAUUGCAUGAUAAUGCCUGCCCCCAAACUGCCAGUGACAUGAAGGCUACACUUCAGUGACAUGGUUGGGGAAUACUGCAACAUCCUCCAUACAGCUCAGAUCAUUGGCAACCUGAAGAAAUACAUGCAUGGAUGCUGGUUUCAGUCAAACAAGUAAGUGCAUGAGGGGUUGUGGUUGUGGAUCUGUCAGCACUCAGCCAUGUUCUAUGAAACUGGAAUUGAUCAUCUCAUUUCCUGGUGAGAUAAAUGUCUUCAAUGUGAGUGGUGAUUAAAUAGAAACAUUCCACAGUCAAAUUGCGGUGGGUGUUCAGUUUACAUUUGACUGCCCCUUAUAAUUUCAAAGAAAGUUUUGCUGUUUUGCAGACAUUUUUGUGUUUCUGGGUCUAUCAUGAAAGAGUUAGAGUUGUGUACACCUGUCGCUUCUGAGACAAUGAUUGUUCAGCAGAGUGUAGUAAAUAUUUGCUUUUUAGUAUUAUGUUUCUGAAUUUCACUUUUCACCUCUUAUUGGCAUGAAUCAUUUGUGACUUUCAUUACAGAAUAAACUUGUUAUGAAGUUGUUGUAAGCAUUCCUAAAUUUCAAACAAGUUACUAUAUUUUGCAAAUAUUUAUGUGUAUGUGCCACAUAUAACUCCAUAUUCAAGCUUAAUGAAGACACUUCAACAUCAGAAAAAGCAAAUAAAGCGUUCUUGAAAAUUAUUAAGUGUUUCUGAGCAAAUGGGCUCUGACAAAACUUAGAUAAAAACAAUGUAAGC